AUGGGCUUGCUGCCGCGCAUCUCGACCAGGCAGGGCAUUGCUGCCUUCAAAGGAGCGAUCGCGUACACGCUCGCAUUUAUCCUCAUCUUCUUGCACCCUUUCUCUCGACUCAAUCCCUACCCCGUCACGCUUUCAGGCGCCGUUCUUAUCACUAUCGCCGGCCAGCCUGGUCUCAGUGUCGGCGCAUGUUGGGAUCAGGCGUUCUUUGCAGCGCUAGGAGUGGGAUUGGGCGGAGCCGCCUUCGCCAUCCUCGCCAAACUGGGUCACUCGCAAGUCGCGCAGGGAUUCGUCUUCGCCGUGUUCGUCUACCUCGCCGCGCUCGUCAAGGCUCAAUCGAUCCGCUACUUCGGCGCCUCCCUUCUUUUCAUAAUCCUCGCCUUCAGCGGCAUUUAUGCCAGCAUCCUUUCUCGCGGAAAUUUCGUCCCGGCUUACCUAGAGGCUUACCUCGAAUCCUAUUGCUGGGGAUUUGCUAUCGUCCUCGUCGUCAACCUGGUCGUCCUUCCGCACUCGUCGGAGAAGGAGUUGCGCGAAAUUCUCGUCAUCUCGCUCGAGCACAUCUCGACUUUCUCGCAUUUGCUGGCGAAGACGUACAGCCUCGACAUCACCGAUGACGAGCGAGCCGUCCGCGAUGACCUCUCGCAGUCGAUUAGGGCCGACAUGGGCGUUCUCAACCAGAAGCUCGCCCACACCAGCCUCGAAAUCAACUACUCGCGGUGGUCGAUGACCGACUACCACCUCAUGGUCGGCAAGCUCCGUCAGAUGCAGCUCGGCCUGAUCGCAGGAUACAGCUCGCUCGUCUCGAUGGAGCGCUUCCAUCCGCGUGCGCUCGAGCUCGUCAAAGAAGAGCUGACGUCGAGCGGCGCCGACAAGUGGUUCAGCAAGCUUCGUCGCGGCGCCGACCUGAGCUUCUCCGACAUUGUCGCUGAACUCGCUGUCGGCAAGGUGACCUAUCACUCUCCCGCGCCAGGUGAGCGGUCGUGGGACGAGUUCCGCGACAUCGACUACGACGCUGGCGACGUCGAAGCGGGACGCUCGGAGAGUGGACGACAACGGGCGUUCUCGGUUGCGCGGCGAGACGAGAUGCAGGAACGGAUGGCGGCAAUGCGGGAAAGACUGAGAAGCGAGGUUGCGGGCUCGACACCGGCGAUGAGUAGGAGGCCCAGCAUGAGCGGUCUGGCGGACUCGAUUGUCGACCCAGGCUUCGCUGCUCAGGCUGCUGCAGCCUUGACUGCCGCGGGCGAGGGGCAAAAGCGCAAGCUGGACAAGGCUGCAACCUUGCGCAAAUGCUGGGCAUCGUUUAAAGCGUCUCAGCUUUCCAGCAUCCAGAAGAUCCUCGAGGACGGAGCGCCUGAGGACGACGAGUUGCACCUCCAUCGUCCCGGUCCUUCAGUCUUCGAGCAAUACACCGACGCGCCUUCACGCCAUCGCAGUCGUCAAGCUGCAUCGUCGACGGCUGUUGGAAGCGAUACGCCUGCACUCAGUAAGCGCACCACGACGAAGGGAACCGACGCUGCUUCGGGCGCGUCGAGCGACGACGAGAAGGACGCUUCUCCCGCUAUGCCUGCUGCCGUUACGUCCGACCAGAUCUGCGGAUCAGCCGUCAUGCGGACUUUCGCGUUCCUCGCCGGCAUGGGUAGCGUCAUUGACGAGCUCGCCUCUCUCUACGACCACAUCGUCCCCAAGCCCGACUCGCCGCCUCGACGGAAGAAGCUCCGGGCUCACAUCUUUGAACGUCGGCGCACGAAAGCUUCGCGAGCAGACAAAAUUCCCAAGAUGUCCUUGCGCGAGGCGCUCGCCCGUCUUAGCGGCCGCGAUUUUGUCCCAAUCAAGAAGAACUUCUGGACGCGCGUUGCCGAGCUCGAACGUAUGCUCAGGUCGCCCGACUCCAUCUACGCCUUCAAGACUGCCGCAGCCGUUGCCGUCUUUGCCGUCUUCCUCCUCGCUCCUUCGCUACAUACGUUCUUCAUCAACUAUGGCUUGACCGGAGGAAUCAUCACGAUUGUCGUCGCCGUCUCGCCUACGCUCGGCCAAUCCCUCGUCACCUUCUUCCUCCAGAUCCUCGGUACGGGCAUGGGCAGUCUGAUCGGCCUUCUUAUGCUGCGAAUCUUCCUCGACGUCGGCGGUUACAAGUUCAACCCGUACGGUCUCGCCGCACUGUGCUUCAUCUUCGGGUUGCCUCUUAGCGCUAUCAUUUACGUCAAGCCCAUGUUCUUUGCUGGCGCUUUACUCGCCAUGAAUAGCGCCGGCACGCUCAUCGUCACCGAGUGGACGUACAACGAGGUGCCUGGGCAGAUUCGGCCUGGCUUCGACUCGCCGGCGUACAGGGCUUCUAAGCAGCUUGUCGCAAUGUGCAUUGCGCUUGCGAUUGCUGCUAUCUUCCAAAUCUUCAUUCUCCGCCAGCCUGCCCGGCAAAACCUGCGACAGAAGCUUGCCCACGUCUCCUGGUCUCUCAACGCCCACUCGGCUCUCUUCUCAUACCUGACGGAGGCGGUCAUGCCCAUGCAAGCGGACUCGACAGACUCGCCUCCGCCCGAUUGGGAUGCCGUCCAGGUUGUUCGGAACGAGCUCGUCCAGCGCGAGAUCGACACGCAAGGCCAGCUGCUUGCGCUUAUGCCGCUCAUGAAGUUCGCCUCGGUCGAACCGACGUUUGGCGCUCCAUUCCGUGCUCCCGAGAUCAGCCGCCUCAUUCGCAGUCACCAACUCGUCCUGGACCGGCUGCGCGAGGCGCGUUCGGCGAUAGGUGCGGAUGGCUUCUCUCCCGAGAUCCGAAGAAACUUCUCCGACGUCCUCGUCCCGUACCGGCGACAGGGCAAGCGCAUCUCGAGGGCUCUCUUCUACUUCGUCGCGACGAGCCUGUCAACCAAGGCGCCUCUCCCGCCUGAUCUGCCCCGCAUGACGCUCACAUCGUCAAACAUCCAACACGACGCCCUGGUCCUGUCAAGGCGGCUCACCAAGACGGAAGUUGGCCAGCAGAUCCUGCGCUCGGAGGUCUUCCUGCGAUACUGGCAUUUCAUGACCUCGUACAGUUCCAUCGCCUACAUCCUCGAGGGCAUGGAAGCGGACCUCGUAUCCCUCUUCGGCUCUCAGGAGGAGUCUCCCUUUGUCGCAGACGCGCUCCCUCGAACGACGUUCUAG